AUGGGUUAGUGUACUUCAAAAAAGUAAAAAAGAAUAAUCUUAGAUAAAUAACAUCAAUAGACAACUUCCAAUAGUGUAACACCAAUCAAGCCUAAAAAACUAUUGCCUUUGAAAUUAUAAAAUAUUUAAUCUGAUGAUUUAAAAGAUUAGUAGAAGAAGGAAAUUAAAGAUGAAUAAAAUCCAUCUCCUCCACCAAAGUUAUAUUUUGAUAGUAAUCAUUUGAAUGUUGAAAAAGAGAGCAUUUUUGGAAGACCAAAAGUUUAGAGUAUAAGACUCAACUAAUAAUACUAAAACAAUCAUAAGGAAGAAAUCUUUUUUGGAAUGAAGGUUCGUUAUUCUCAUCCUCAUUUGUAAAAAUGA